UCUCCCGCCCUUCCCAGCCUCGUUGUGGUAGAAGGCGCCAUUACGCCGAGCCGUCGCUGGAGCCUGAAGGGAGCCGCUACCGCUGGGCCGCCGCCAUGGACUACGGGGAGGACAUGGACCGUGAUUAUGGACAUGGAGCCUAUGGUGGCCCAAGACCCAUGGACUCUUACUUAAACCAAUCAUAUGGGAUGGAUAGUCAUGGAGGAGGUGGCGGCAGCGGAGGAGGAGGUGGUGGCGGCAACAGGUUUGGACCUUAUGAGUCUUACGACUCCGGGUCUUCUCUGGGUGGGCGAGAUCUAUACAGAUCUGGCUAUGGUUAUAAUGAACCCGAACAAAGCCGCUUCGGAGGUAGUUAUGGUGGUCGAUUUGACAGCUCCUACCGGAAUAGCCUUGACUCUUUCGGAGGUAGAAACCAGGGCGGGUCUAGCUGGGAAGCACCUUACUCACGUUCAAAAUUGAGGCCUGGGUUUAUGGAGGACAGAGGAAGAGAGAGUUACUCUUCCUACAGCAGUUUUUCUUCACCCCAUAUGAAGCCUGCACCUGUAGGCUCUCGGGGGAGAGGAACGCCUGCUUAUCCUGAAAGUGGAUUUGGAAGCAGAAACUAUGAUGCUUUUGGAGGACCAUCAACAGGCAGAGGCCGAGGCCGAGGACCUAUGGGAGACUUUGGAGGCAUGCAUAGACCUGGAAUUGUUGUUGACUAUCAUAAUAAACCCAGUUCUGUAGCAUUUGCUGCAAGAGGAAUAAAGAGGAAAAUGAUUCCACAGCCAUAUAACAAACCUGGUGGGACGUUUAUCAAGAAACCCAAACUGACAAAACCUAUUAUGAAGAUGAACACAAAAAAUCUACCUAAUUCCAAGCCAGAUGUCAGAAGUGAAGAGGAAGAAAAGCGACGAAUUGAGGCAAGAAGAGAGAAACAAAGGCGAAGAAGGGAGAAAAACAGUGAAAAAUAUGGGGAUGGAUACAGAAUGGCAUUCACUUGUUCGUUUUGUAAAUUUCGAACAUUUGAAGAAAAAGAAAUUGAAUCUCACCUGGAAAGUGCUGCCCAUCAGGAAACAUUGGACCAUAUCCAGAAACAAACCAAAUUUGACAAAGUAGUGAUGGAGUUUCUGCAUGAGUGCAUGGUGAAUAAAUUCAAGAAGACAGCUAUGCGCAAGCAACAAACCAGCAGUCAAUCUGAAAAUGUCCAAGCUGUUGAAAAAGAUAUAAUGGAAGGUGUUACUGCUGAUGACCACAUGAUGAAAGUAGAGACAGUUCAUUGUAGUGCUUGUAGUGUGUAUGUUCCUGCACUACACAGUUCCGUUCAACAGCACUUAAAAUCCCCUGAUCAUGCAAAAGGAAAACAAGCCUACAGAGAACAAAUAAAAAGGGAGAGUGUACUGACUGCUACUAGUAUCUUGAAUAACCCAAUAGUGAAAGCACGAUAUGAACUGUAUGUCAAGGGUGAAAAUCCUUUUGAAAAUAGUGAUCAAACUCAGGAGCAGCAGAUAGAGGAAGAAGACAAGGCUGAUGAGGCUGUUGAGGAGGAAGAGGAGGAGGAGGAGGAGGAAGAAGAGGAAGAGGAGGAGGAAGAAGUGGAGGAGGAGGAGGAAGUAGAGGAAGAGGAGGAGGAAGAGGAGGAGGAAGAAACAGAAGAACAAACUGACUUCACCCUUGACCACACUGAAGAUAACUAAAUGCAAAAAAAAGAGAGAGAGAGAGAAAAUUGAAGUGGGGAAAACAUCUUUUUAUUUCUGUUCCAUAGUGGCAAACUGUAAGAUACUUUCAAAAUAGUUUCAAAUAAGAGAGUUGUGUAAAAACCCCCACCCUGUGCAUGCAUUCCAUUAUGUGGAGAAUUUUUGUUUGCCAUUCGUUUAAAAUGAAGUAGAUUAUUUAGUUAAUUUUUUUUUUUAUAGCAAGCCAACUAUUAGAGCUGAUUAAAAGUGGUGCUGUAUAUUUUUUUUAAGUUUCCUUUCUCUUACUUUGCUGUUAAAAAUUAGAUAUAUUCGUUUAUAGUCUAAUCACUUGAAAAAGGAAAACUCUUUGGGUUUAAAUAGAAUGCUGAAUGACAUAAAAUAUUAUGUGGCUCAUAAUAUUUACCCCUUAGUGCAAGGAUGGUUACAUUUUAAAAAUUGUGCUGUGAACGUGGCUGUUUUGUUUUUUGGUUUUUUUUUACUACGUUGCACGCUAUAUAUAUUAGUACGUGUUAUGCCUUGUAGCUUUUUGUGAUAAGAUGUAUCAGUUUGUAGCAAUAAAAUGUUUUAGAAAUGCCAGUGUUUUUACUGUCUGUAGAUAAACACUAGCAUAUUGAAAUACAUAAAAACAAAAUUUCCCACUACAGAUUUCUCUAGCCCAGAGAUGCAAUACUAUCCUGUGGUGGGCUGGGGUGGAAUGGAAUAGAAUGACUCAGCAUAUGUCUGAUAUGAACAGGCACUAAGACCCAGCUGCCGCUGCCACUUCUUCCCACCACCCAGCUGCCGGGAAUGGCAUGGGCAAAAUUCCACCUUCCUCCGCCGAAGCCCCUGCUGCCCAACUGUGAAACAGCUGUAUGGGCUGGAUCCAAAGUCCCCAUAGGUCAGAUUUGGCCCCUGGGUUAUAAAUUGCCAACCCCUUCUCUAACUCAAUUUAUGAAUGUUUUUUUAUUCAACAUUCAAUGAUUUAACACCCUCUUGUUGGAUUCUGCCAUUUCAGUCUGCCAUUUGUCAGUAUACACAUCAAAGUUGUGCUUAUAUUUUAUACAUAAGAAAUGUGGGGAGUAGAAAUGGGAUUUUGUGCACACUGACUGCAGUCAUAUAGUUUACACUUCAGAUAUGCAUACUUUUUUUUUUAAACUUAUUUUUAAUUUAGCCUUUUAACCAAUUUAGCCUUUUAACCGAAUAAGAAUUAAGUUUUCAUAUUAAAAAAAUUAAGUCUUGUUUAUGUAAGUGGUGUAUUGGUUUUACUUAAAAUGUGAUAUUUUCUAAAAUAAACUGGCUUGGUGAACUUUA